AUGGGCGGGGCGGAACGAGGGUCGACACAGCUGGUGCUUGUUAGCGUGAUGGGACUGGUCUUGAGCGAGCACAUCCUCCACUUCGAACCCGUGUUCUACGACCCUCACCACCUGAGGAGUCAACACCACCGCGCCAAGAGGGAUGCCAACCAUGAGCUCCGACUCCAGUUUACAGCGCAUAACAGGUUGUUCAAGUUGCGGCUCCGUAGAGAUGCUUCCGUGUUCGCUGACGGCGUUGUGUUCGAAUCCACGGAUGGUCCUCUUGACUUUGACCUCGGCAAGGUCUACUCCGGGAGUCUUGAAGAUGACGAGCUAGCAGAGGUGGAGGGCGUGGUGACGGGAGGGUUGUUUGACGGCCACGUGGCCACGCCCCACGAGCUGUACUACCUGGAGCCCGCCAACAGGUACCUGGAGAAGGCCGAGUUCCACUCCGUCAUGUACAAGGCGUCGGACGUGGUCCACCCGUCGCCCUCCCGCUGUGCCUCGCAGCAACUGCACCUCCGGGGCCGCGUCCACGCCCUGGGGGCGCCCUCCCACGCCCCCACGCCCACAAUUUUGAGUCGACGGAGGUACCGGUGGGGCCCGAGAGACUGCCUGUACAGCCCCCCGGGACCUCCGAGCCUUGGUCUCAUUCUUCCAUUUCGUCCAGUGCGGGGCCGGCCAGGGGGGGCGGGGCUGCUGCCUCCCCAAAUCCGCGCAGUGUCAACCCCAAAUAUAAGGCUGUUCCGCCCCGCACCACAACAACACUUCGUCCACCACCACCUACCACCAGGCCUCCGCCCCUCACCUCCACCACAACCAUCUCGACUUCGAGUUGGUGUACGAGGCCACGGGGGGAGCGCCCUCACGCCUCCCCCGACCCCCUGGAACUACACCAGGCGCAGGUCAGAGCUUCCACUGUACACACAACCUUGGCCCACCAGACCACCCAGGAGGAAAAGGUCAAGCGUGGACCCGCAGAAGACGACGUGUAUGCUGUACCUGCAGGCGGACCACCUCUUCUACGAGAAGAUCGGGUCGGAAGAGGCGUGUAUUGAGACGAUCACUAGACACGUCCAGAGAGUCAACAAUAUAUACAGGGUGACGGACUUCGACCUGGACAACGAAUCAGAUGAGAUAGGAUUCAUGAUUAAGCGGAUCAAAGUACACACGAAGAAGGCGCUGAAGGACACGUCAUACCGCUUCCCUGGUAACUACGGCGUGGAGAAGUUCCUGGAGCUGUUUUCCGAGGAGGACUACGAUGCCUUCUGCCUCGCCUACAUGUUCACCUACAGGUAAGACUUCGAGGGCGGGACUCUGGGACUGGCGUGGACGGGAACCUAAAGAACGCCGGGGGUGUGUGUGAGGAAAAACAGACACUACCGCGGCAGUCUGGAAGGUAUGAGCCUCAACACGGGCAUCGUCACGCUCCUGAACUACGGCAAACACGUCCCUCCCGCCGUCAGCCACGUCACCCUGGCCCACGAGAUCGGUCACAACUUCGGCAGUCCCCACGACCCUGAGUCAGACACCCGCUGUACGCCUGGCGGAGAAGAUGGCAACUAUAUCAUGUUCGCCAGAGCUACAUCAGGCGACAAACGCAACAACAACAAGUUCUCCCCGUGUUCCCUGCGUCAGAUCAACAGCGUCCUCAACUCCAAAGCCAGGGACUCAAAGGGUUGCUUCACCGAGCCCCAGAAAGCGAUCUGCGGCAAUGGAGUGGUGGAGGUGGGUGAGGAAUGCGAUUGCGGCUGGGAGGAAGAUUGCGAUGAGGCGUGCUGUUACCCUAUGAAGAACAAUCCCAAGACGAAUCAAAAGCCUUGUACACUGAGACCCAAUAAAGUCUGUUCUCCGUCACAGGGCCCCUGUUGUACCUACGACUGUCGCAUGAAGGAGGGAGACAAGUGUAGGGAUGAUAAUGGCUGCCGGGACUCCUCCUUCUGCAAUGGACGUGUCCCUGAGUGUCCACCCUCUACCAACAAGCCAAAUAAGACGAUCUGCAAUGAGGAAUUCGUCUGUUACAAGGGCGAAUGUAGUGGCUCCAUCUGCCUGGCGUACGGGUUGGAGUCUUGCCAGUGCGAACGAAGCCACGGCGACCCAGUUACUAAAGCGUGUGAGCUGUGUUGCAAAUUACCAGGAGAAAAUCAGCUUUGUUUAUCCUCAUUUGAGUGGAAUGUCCCUCCGUACGACAUCCCGGACAUGUACGCUAAAGCUGGAACUCCCUGCAAUAACUACAAGGGCUACUGUGAUGUAUUUAAGAAGUGUAGAGAGGUUGAUCCAUCGGGUCCUCUGGCUACCCUUCGAGGUCUCCUACUGAGUGACGAAUCCUUAGCCAACCUUCAGAGAUGGAUCAUAGAGCACUGGUAUGCCGUUCUCUUCGUCGUCCUCGCCGUCAUGGUCCUGCUGGUGGCGAUAAUCAAGGUGUUCGGGAAGACGCCAGCGACGGUGAGGCUAAGGAACCGGACCAUCAUGCAUAAGAACUCUGGAGCGCUGCAGUACUCUGUGCCCGCUACAGCCAAUGGUACCACGGCCAAUGGCACCACGGCCAAUGGCACCACGGCCAAUGGCACCAUGGCCAACGGUGCCACUGCCAACGGUACCGCUGCCAAUCAUGUUGUACACCCUACAGUUGUCAGAACUAAUUUGCCAUUUAAGAGGAAAGUGAACGAAGUGCGUAGAGCAGCCACCAAGGCCAAGCGGGCAGCCAAGAGCCAGCUCAGUCGACCUCACAAGAAAUCAAGUAGACGCCCCGAUGGUGCUGUAACAUCCCCUACAGAGUCUGAUAAGAGUGGCCCCGGUGCUACCGAAGGUGCUACUACACCUAAUGAUACUCGGAUGAAGGAUCGCCUCUCGAGUAGGUUCUCAAUCAUUAGUUUCAAGACCUUCAGACCUAAGUCUCUUAGUCCGGACAAACACAAGAGCAAAAACCAAGACAAACGGAAAUCUAAGAGUAGCAACGAUAAGAAGUCCAAAUCAAAAAGUUCAAAGCAUCACCACAGAAGUCGAAGUCCAGACAAGCAGCGAAGGUCGGAAGGUCGCGGUGCCGAGAGCCCAGAUAAACACAGAAGGUCUAAAAGCCCAAGUAAACGGGCCAGUCUGGAGGACGACCGCAGGAAGUCGAGGAAUCGUUCGGCCAGUCCCGACAAAAUACGUAGAUCCUCCAGCCCUGAUAAAACUCAGAGACAAAAAGCGAGAAGCCCCGAAAAACACCGGAAGAUUGGCGAAGGGAACUGGCUGAUCAACAAGUUCCUCGCUGAUGAAGAGAAGACUGCCAAACCGGUUGUAAAUGGUUCUCUGAUGGGGUCACUGAACGGGUCGCUCAGCUCCGUCAACGCCGUGCUGGGCGGGCCCACCAGCAGCCCCCAGAUGGGACCGGUAAGAAAUGGGUCUACUCGGGGUCUGCUAGCAAGUGAUAGCAACAGAGGUAGUCCCCUGAGGGGCUUUGUCAACGAGGCCUUCAUCAGUUCUCCUCGAGGUGCCCGCAACCACAGCUCCUUAAGGGUCACCAAGUCAGUCAGUCCAGAGGGCCUCGACUUUGACUUGGGGCCCAGCCAGUACCGUAGGUCUAUUAGUAUGGAAGCCUAUAAUCGACCCCCAGCCAGUCCGGAUAAGAGAAAACGAUCCAUAUUGGACGAAGGGCUCAGUCCAGACAAGAGAAGACGCUUUAGUAGUCCAGAGAAAACUCAAAGACCACGUAGUCCCUCUAAAGAGCGAAGACUAGCGUGCCCGGACAGGAACCGUCGCACUUUAGAUAUGGAGAGGCGUCACUCCUCCAUCUCGCCCUUGUCAUCCAAGACCAACUCGUACUCGUCAGUGCCCGAGCGUCUCCGCGAGAAGCUCUCGCUAAUCACUGCCAGUCCUUCAGGUAGCGUCGCCUCCAUCCUGCCUCCGUCGGAACCUGCAGACAACGUUAGCCUCCAAUCUUCCACUCACUCUAGCCGGUGUAAACCCAAGGAUUGGGUCUGAGAUGCCCCGGAUAGUGAUAGUCUUCAGGAUUUUGAUAGCAAGAAACUUUUGUCUGGGAUGUGUGACUCACUCUGCCACUCCCAGGUAAUGGCAUCCUUGAACAAUUGUAACAUGACACCAGUAAGAGUGUCACAAGUGUUACACUAUCACGAGGAUGCUGCCUCUAUUUUGUGCCAACAAGUUUUUAAUCUUCAUUACUCAUAUAACUGAGAUUUACAAGUCCAGUAAACGGAUGUGGUGUUCACUCCAUCAGGUGCAUUUUCUGGAUAAGGUGAGGAGGAGAAGUGUAGCGAAUACUGAGAUGUGGUGACGCGUGUGUGGUCUUGGCGACCACACUCACACAGAUAAAGGAAAGUUCUCACUGUUUUAUUUAAUGGAUAUUUAUUUGUAAUUCGAGAAUAUUGGCAGUACAGUAUAAUGUUGCCUGUUGCAGCUAAUCCUAAGUUUAGUCAGUGACAUGUUGCUUUGUGAUAAUAUUUUUACGUCUACAUUAUUAAGUUUGUUUCGCUCAAGACUUAAGUAGGAACUAACAAAGCAUCUCGAGUCGGUAUGUCCCCAGUAGAGUGGCGAUGCUCUACAGGUGAAGUCGGCCAACACUUGUACGUACGGUCGAGGACACGUGCGUUGACGACUUCACUCGACCGCCUUACCGUGUGUGUUGGCAAAACAUCUUUAACCUUUAACUAAUUUAUGUACAGUACAAUCAAAUGAUGUCUGUUUCGUGUUUACUCUUUUAUGAAAACAUAUAACAACACAUAAUUGUAUUUCUUUAGUGUGAAGAUCAUCUUUGUUUCAGUAACUUAUGUGAAAACAAGUGAAAUCAGCCACAUCAACUUAUAACAUUCUUUAACAGUUGUUUCCAUGUGUUGUUUGAGAGUGUUGUAACAUUUAAGGUAUGGAGUCGACCAGUCACUGAGUUCUUAGGGGAAGAGUGUGUCUCUCAACUCCCUCCUGUGUCUUACAGUACAGAGAGAUAAGUUUUUGUCCACUUGUCACUUCAUGAUCAUUUGACCUCGACAAUACAAUUCGACCAUUUUUCCUGAGCCUUUAGUUGUGAGUUAUAAUCCAUUUUUUUCCUAUUUUGUUUACCAGUUUUAAGUCAUUACCUAAUCCACUUCUCAACUUGUGCUGAGCUGCACGAUCUCAUCUCCUGUUCUCACUACCUGUACUUGUAAACCUUUAAGUGUGUAGCUUAAAACUGCUACAUAUUGUAACCUGUAUAUUGUAAAUCUGUGCAAGAUAUUUUAAUACUUUUUGAAGGCUAAUCUACUAGUGUGCUUCUGAUUACCGACUGCGUUGUAGGAACAGCGUGUUAACAUUAUAGUUUGUGUUAACAUUAUAGUUUGUAAAAAAAAAAAAAAUUAUGAAUCAUGGGGAUGUCACGUCCAACCGA